AUGAACAACCUACUAGCCCUCGCGGGCACAUCGCUGCUGAAUGACGGAAGUACCUCCGUUCAGGACUUCGAACGGCACGUCCCCGGCUUCUCGGUGCUACGAGAUUUUUUCAAGAAAUGGCUGCGGCUCGACGUCACUACACUCCUCACCAUUGCCGCACUGAUGGGCGCAGCAUCCAGCGGCGCCCAGAGCAUACAGGAUACGGGAUCCAAGAUCUAUUGGUGGAUUGUGCGCUUCCUCACGGCGUCCAUCUCCAUCGGCGGCAGCGACCGGCUCAACCGCGAGGUGCUCAACUGGCUGGGCGCCCACGUCUUGGCUAAGAAGGGCACGCGCAUUCUGACUGCCAGCUCCGAGACCAUUCGAAACGACGCCUGGUCCUACCGCCGCGUGUCGCAAGAGCGCAACGACUAUCACCAUGAGAAGCGGAUGCCGGUGCAGUACCUGCCGACCUUCGGGACCACCUGGUUUAUCCACAAGCGCAACAUCUUCAUGGUGCGCCGCAUCCUGACGAGCAGUUCUCAUUACCACAGCUCCUGGGCCAGGACUCCGGAUGAGUAUGCCGGGGCGCCCGAGGGCGACGAGCCGCUGGUAGUCAUGUGUCUGGGGAGGUCCGUCGAGCCCAUCAAGCGCUUUCUCAACACCUGCCGCGAAUUUGCGGACAAGCAGCGCGAAGCAUACAUCACUGUUCGCAUCAGCAAGCGCAGGUACGACGAAAGCUGGGACAUGACGAUUCUGCGGCCCCUGCGGCCGUUGGAGACGGUGCAUUUCGACCAGAAAGUCAAGGAGGCGCUCGUGGCUGACAUUGAGAACUACCUCGACGUCAACACCCGCAAGUUCUACAACAGGCGAGGCAUCCCAUACCGCAGGGGGUUUCUCCUGUACGGACCUCCCGGCACCGGCAAGACGUCGCUCUCGCUCGCUCUCGCGGGCAGAUUUGGACUGGAACUGUACCUGCUGCAUAUGCCGAGCGUUUCCGACGACGCAGUGCUCGAGAAGCUUUUCACCGCUCUGCCCCCGCGGUGUCUAGUGCUCCUCGAAGACAUCGACGCAGUCGGAAUCAAGCGACGCACCCGUAAGAAGGACGACAGCGGCAGCGACGAUGACAGCGACGACGGCUCAGACAAAGAAGACGAUGCGAGCGACUACGCCCGAGGACGCUCUGACUGCACACUCUCGGGGCUGCUGAACGUCCUUGACGGCGUGGCGUCUCAAGAAGGUCGUAUCGUGCUUAUGACUUCCAACUUUGCCGAGAAGCUGGACAAGGCCCUGGUGCGUCCGGGGCGGGUCGACAGGAUGAUCUACCUCGGCCACAUUUCGCAGCGCAGCAGCGAGCUAAUGUUCCUGCGCAUGUACGGCCCGGAUGCGGAUGGCGCGGCCCCGGCGGACCGAGCGGUGCAGCUUCCCCAGGACGAGUUGCAGAGGCUGGCGCUCGCCUUCGGAAAGAGGAUCCCUAACGAACUGUUUACACCCGCGCAGGUGCAGGGCUAUCUCCUCAACCACCGAGACUCGCCCCUGGAUGCGGCGGCCAAUGUCGAGCAGUGGGUGCGGGAGGAGGUGCAGUCGAUCGAGGCAGCCAAAGAGAAGGAGAAGAAGGCAGCUGAAGCCAGGAAGAAGAAGAGGAAGGUGCGGAAGCUUAGGAAGGCAGCAAAGUUGGCCGAGGCGAUGCGGAAUUAUGACUCUGACGAAGACCUCGAGGAACUGCAGCAGAAGAUGGAAGAGGCCAAGAAGAAGAGGAGGAGAAAGGGACAACAGAAUGACGCAGAGGCCGAGACCGAGGCCGAGACAAAGGAGAGCCUCGACGUAGGGGAGGAUGUGGUUGCCGCAGCCGGCGACAAUAUUCGGGCUGAUUCCAUUGAUCGAGGAGACGAUGGUGGCAGUGUGACGGAGCCCGCCACGGAGAAACAGCAUCCUCUCACGAACGGGGUUUCGGAGAGCUCUGAGGAAUCAUAA